AUGUCGACCACCACCACCACUACCACCGAGGCCCAGCCCAUCACGGCUGAGGCCAUGCUCCGCCUCUUCCCCGACAUUGACGCCAGCUCGGAGCCCCUGUCCGGUCACGAUGAGGAGCAGAUCCGCCUUAUGGACGAGGUCUGCAUCGUUCUCGACGAGAACGACAAGCCAAUCGGCACCGCUAGCAAGAAGAUCUGCCAUCUCAUGACCAACAUCGACAAGGGUCUCCUCCACCGCGCAUUCUCCGUCUUCCUCUUCAACGACAAGAACGAGCUGCUUCUGCAGCAGCGCGCCACUGAGAAGAUCACCUUCCCCGACAUGUGGACAAACACGUGCUGCUCCCACCCCCUUCACAUCCCCACGGAGACCGGCUCGACCCUCGCCGACUCCAUUGACGGAGUCAAGCGUGCUGCUCAGCGCAAGCUUGACCACGAGCUUGGAAUCAAGAAGGAGCAGGUCCCCUUCGAGGACUUCAAGUUCCUGACCCGAAUCCACUACAAGGCUCCCAGUGACGGCAAAUGGGGCGAGCACGAAGUGGACUACAUCCUCUUCAUCAAGGCGAACGUUGACCUUGAUGUCAACGUCAACGAGGUCCAAGCCACCCAGUACGUCAGCGCGGACAAGUUGAAGCAGCUGUUCGAGGACCCCACCCUCAAGUUCACCCCCUGGUUCAAGCUCAUCUGCAACUCGAUGCUCUUCGAGUGGUGGGAGAGCCUCGACUCGGGUCUCGACAAGUACAUGAACGAGCAGGAGAUUCGACGCAUGCUGUAA